UGUCUGUCUGCCAAAUGUCAAGUCAAUUUCCACUUCCCCAACCAUUCCAUUCCCUUUUGGUCAUGUUUUCAUAGUUUUAAUCGGCAGUCAAUUCCCUUAGGGAACAAUUUAUUCAAGUUACCCUGCGGUAAAAAAUGGGAAGUCGGAAGCGCAAAUGGGGACAAACCCGUACGAAUUGUUUGAACAAUCCGUCACAAUGACAGCCAAAAUGUGGCCUCAGGCAAACAACACAGCGACUGGGGGAGGAUGGGAGUGGGGAUGGCGAGUGCCUGCACACCAUUGGCCGUUGUUGGUGGCCAUGUUCUGCGGAGGUUCGCUUGUCCUGUUGCUAUUGGUCGCAGCAAUUCUCUGGCAUUGCUGUGUCGCUCCACAUCGCAACAAAGACUAUAGGGUGAAGAUGGACGGUGAAUCUCUGCCUCAAAUGAGUGUUCCAGUGGUUGUACCGGUUUUGCCCAGCCACUCUGCAGUGUUUGUAGAGCCCAAGUGUGGAGAGUGGGGUUACAACAGUCGACUAGUGAGGCCUCAUUGGUUCUACAACUCUCAGUUGAUGGGCGGAGCUAGAUGCAGUGUGCCAUUGCCUCGCUCGCUCAGUGUGCCUACCCCCGCUCCCCCGCCUGCUAGACGGAAGAGCUCCCCCGCCCGAGUGGUGUGUCCCCCCCACGACUCAGGGACCUCUUCCAUUCCUCUCCCUCUACCCCACAUAUCAGAGUUCAGCCCUGGCUGUCACGUUCAGUACGCCUCCAGCAGUAUUCUGGACGAGUACGGUUCUAGAAACCUGUACCCCAGUGUUGGUGGAGUGAUGUUGAAAACACAAAGUCUUCCUGCGUGUGUUCGAUCGAGACCGAGGCCAGUCUCUACGGCCGACGAUCUGUCUGAGCUUUACGCUAAGGUUAACUUCAGUAAGAAGCGGAAAAACCGGAUGCGUAACGAUGAAGCGGCAAUAAUAGCUUUAAGCAAAUCUAGAAGUCAGUUUCUGCACAAAGACACCGACUCACUGGUCGAUAAUGAGGCGGUAAUAGUUUACGAUGAGCUGACAGCUCUAUAAAUCAUCUGGACGUGCGGUGCUACUUAACAAUAAUUUAACUUCAUUUGUAUACAGUUAAAUUAUUUGUAUAAUAUUAUAAGACUGCAUUGUAUUAAGAGUUUGUGCAACAAUAAUUUUGAAGUAAUAGGUAGUAAAAUUUAUUAUUUAUUGUUUUUUGCUCAUUUUUACCUUCAUGUGAGCUUUUGUGUCAUUGUGUAAUGGAGAUUAAUACACUGAAAAUGAAAAUCCAUUCUUUUCAAAAUAUGUAUAAAUUAAAGAUUAGCCUUAAAGUUUAUUGUAGGAAAGACUUACCAAUGAACUUAAAAAAGGUAUUUUACAUGUACCUGUGCAAUAUUUUUCUUUUCUUGGCAGAGUUGGAGAAACUCAAAAUAAAUGCACUACCAUACCUGAAAUGUAGUAAUGGGGGCUAAUUAAGGAAACAAAAAGACAAACAUUCUUAAAAACAAAUAUUUACUUUAAGAAUCAACAAUAAAGUUCAAUUAUGGGGUACAUUUUUUAAGCUGAGUCAUUUUUUUUUAUUUGCAAACUGGGUCUCUUUCAAAUUUAUUUCUUGUAAAUAAGACCAAGAUGGCCAAAGGUAGUUAAAAAUUGAAGUAGAUGAAACUGUAUUGCUCUGACAAAAGAUAUUUCUGAAUAUUUGCAUGCAAAUAAAUCAAAAGUAUUUAAUGAUGUCAAAAUUCACAGGCUUUGCGAUUUUUAAAACACAAGAAUAAAAUGUUUUAUUUUUUU